AUGCUGGGUUUCUUAUGGCCCGGUUUCCACCAAAGCGGAGAGGAGAGGAGACGAGAGGAGAGGAGACGAGAGGAGAGGAGACGAAAGGAGAGGAGACGAGAGGAUAGGAGACGAGAGGAGAGGAGACGAGAGGAGAGGAGACGAGAGGAGAGGAGACGAGAGGAGAGGAGACGAGAGGCGAGGAGACGAGAGGAGAGGAGACGAGAGUAUAGGAGACGAGAGGAGAGGAGACGAGAGGCGAGGAGACGAGAGGAGAGGAGACGAGAGGCGAGGAGACGAGAGGCGAGGAGACGAGAGGAGAGAAGACGAGAGGAAAGGAGACGAGAGGAGAGGAGACGAGAGGAUAGGAGACGAGAGGAGAUGAGACGAGAGGCGAGGAGACGAGAGGAGAUGAGACGAGAGGAGAGGAGACGAGAGGAUAGGAGACGAGAGGAGAUGAGACGAGAGGCGAGGAGACGAGAGGAGAUGAGACGAGACGCGAGGAGACGAGAGGAGAGGAGACGAGAGGCGAGGAGACGAGAGGAGAGGAGACGAGAGAAGAGGAGACAAGAGGAGAGGAGAGGAGAGGAGAUGAGAGGAGAGGAGACGAAAGGAGAGGAAACGAGAGGAUAG